AUGAGCAAUCCUGUUUUCUUGAUAAGCAUUGCUGAAAGGAGGAGUCGAGUCGAUAUGGAUUUCCAUAAUAUGUCAGCGAUACAAGACUCUGUUGUACGGUUAUCGGUUUUCAAUGUGAUCUCAGCGUGUGUGGUCGCUUUACUGUUAACAGCAUUGAUAAUCAUUCUUGUGGUCGCCUACAUCAGAGCCAAGUCAAGAACUGGCAUCAAGAAGCCGAUGAGCAGCACUGUCACGAUCGAAUCAAGUUUGGAUUCAAUUUCGAUCAAUAACAAUAGUAGCCGAUUCUCAAGCCAAUUCUUCACUUGCACAAACAAUAAUCAAGGUUGUUAUGAUUCAAUGGUAGCCGUAUGA